AUGUGUGCUUUUUUUAGGAUUUUUAGCACAUAAACAAGUGGAUCACUACAAAAAAAAUUAUCUGCUUUUACAGAUUCAUGAAAUACUUUGUCAAUUUUUCAUGUUUCUUGAGAAAAUAUUCUGCCUAUGUGAACAAAAUUAUCAUUAUGUCGUGUAUUUUUAUAGAAUAAUUCUUUAUUUUAUUUUAUUGUUUGUUUUUUUGUUUAAGUAUAGUCCAAAUUUUUAUGCCCCUUUCUGAAACGAUAUCAGAGGUCGCCAGUAGAUGGCAGCAAAAAGCACCUCUGUGUUUUGUCGAACAGGAACAUAGAGUGGAGAAAAGAGAAAUUAGUCAUUUCCCUGUAUAAAAAUAACGGUAAAACAAAUAAAAUACUGUAUUGUAUAUGUUUUGUAGCCUAAAGUUUUAAUUUAAACUUUGUUGGAUGGCAACCCAUUGCUUUAAAUGUUUAAGUAUUUAGAAUAGCAGUUUUAAACAUUAAGUUUGAAAAUUAUUUUAACGUUACAAAAGUAAUGCAUACUUUAAAUACGUGGUUAAUAUGUUCAUUAUUAAAGAGGACUGGUAAUAAAAUAAAAAUUAAAAAAGUUUAAAAUACAGGAAGUUGCGUCACAGUUAGGGUGCCCUCUUGUGGAUGAAAUCGGUACUGCGCGCGUGGAGAGAGGGAUUACAGGCUCUCAGCUCCUCUCCCUGCAGCCUUGAAGGGCAGACACGCUCACAGUUUGCCCAACAUGGUUCCUCAGCAAGGACAGGAGAGCCUCAGACAGUAAGGAAAGCUGGGAAAACUCUGCUCUCUGAUUUCUACAGGAUGAAACGCAGAGGACUUCAUGGAAGAUGACAUAGACUGGCUCAGAUGUCCUCUCUCUGCAUGGUUUCAUCUUUCCAUCUGAUGGGAUUUAAUGUGCAAAAUUCCCUGGCAUCAUGGGAAACUUUCUGCAGUGCUGUCAAACUCUGUCAAACUACUGUAAGUGGCAGAACGCGUCUGCUCAGCGUGGAGGAGAGCAGUCCAAUCUAUUAUCCAGUGAUGGGAGUGAAAGUGAGACACCGAGCGACUCGCACACUUUGGAGGACGACCCGUUAACCGCAUCUACCGGCAUAACAAACCCCGCCCUCGAACCGGACCACUUCCUGUUCCCUGACAUCAUUCUCAGCAGCAAUCCUGGCGGGGAAGUCACUUUGGUAGAACCGAUGGUUUGUUUGUUGGUAUCCGAGGAAGAGGACGGGCUGAGGUUGAUGGAACAUGAGAAGGGCGACGGGGAGAGGGGUCAGAGGUUCUCUGAGGUUGAGACUCUUAUUGGCAUGGGAGUCCAGACGGAAACGAAAACUCAGGCGGAGGACCAGACCCAGACAGAGAUGCUCAAGUCGGAUGAGGGCGAGGAAAGAGAGCGAAACAAGGAGAAAAAUGAGGAAACAAAACCAUCUGAAAUAAAAACUGAACAGAAGCUGGAAGAAAACAUAAAUUUCCCCGUCAGAUGGGAAGAUUCCAGACUCCAGAUGAGUGAUUUGAACACAUCUGGGAGCUUAAAUCAUCAGUCAGCUGAUCCCUCCACUUCAGGUCAAGCUCAGGACAGCCUUCUGUGGUCAAAGUUCACAAACGUUCAGCAAAGUUUUCUGGAGGAAGAUGAUGAGGAGGGAUCAGGGAUGAAGCAGGGGCCCCUGCUUUUUCUUGACAAACUGUUUCCGGCAGCAGCACAUGGAAAAGUUGCAGAAAGCUAUAGCGAUGACCCACUGGACCCGUGUCAUGAAGAGAACAGGAACAAUUCAGUCCUCAGAGACAUCCAUGAUCUUCAAGAUCCUGAAUUUACCUGUAGAAUUCAGGCACCUGGAGCAGAAACAUUUGACCUCCAGGUGUCAGCCCAGAUGUUGGUGUCUGAGCUGCAACAAGCACUCAUGGAUCAUGAGGUCACCUGCCAUCGCACGUGCUUCUCCCUUCAGCUGGAGGGCGCCACCCUCGACAGCGGGGUGGAGCUGCGCUCCAUCCAGGGAGUUCAGGAUGGAGCGCUGAUCAAGGUGGUGGAGGAUUCAUACUCCAUCCGUGAAGCUCGUCUUCAUCUCCGACACGUCAGCGACCUCCUGAGGAGCCUCGGUCCUGCAGACUCCUUCAACGGUGUGAACGGCAGCUCGCUGUCUUACCUUUCCUGCUAUACCAGACGUGGUCAAGAAAGAGAAAAACUGACCAAGAAGCAAGCCUUCGAAAGAGAGCCAGACUGCAGUCCUCCAGACUACAUCCUCCCAGGAUGUAAGGAGCCUCCUGUUACUCCACUGCAGCCAGUCAGAGAUGACUGGAAGCCUUUACAGUGCCUGCGGGUCUUGAGCCUGAGCGGCUGGAACCCUCCUCCAGGAAACAGGAGGAUGCACGGAGACUUAAUGUAUAUCAACGUCCUGACGCUGGAAGACAAGGAGCUCAACAUCACAUCGUCAACACGAGGUUUCUACUGCAACCAGUCGACUGCGUUCAUCUUCAACCCUAAGCCCUCGAUUCCCAAAAUCCUUUGUCACUCUCUAGUUGAACUGUUGAAUCAACUCAGCCCGGCAUUCAAGAAAAACUUCAGUGCUCUGCAGAAAAAGAGAGCUCAGCAGCAUCUUUAUGAGCGCGUGGCGGCGCCUUUCCAGCUCUUCACCUGGAUCGCUCCUCAUGGGGACCACACGCUGGAGUGCGUCCGAGCCGAGGAGUCUCCCAGCAGUCACAUGGGGCAGGACGAGCUCACGGCCGGGCAGAGCCGGGACUGGAACGAGGAGCUGCAGGGAUGCAGAGAACUCCGCAGAGGUUCUCUACAGGAACGCCUGCACCGGGAGAGGAGCAUCUUUAAGAUAAUCAGUGACUUUGUCGCUGCUGCAACACAGGGCGCUAUAGCCGUGAUUGAUGGCAACGUCAUGCCGCUAAACCCGAGGGAGCCGCCUCACCUGCAGAUGUUCGUGUGGAACAACCUCUUCUUCAGUCAGGGCUUUGACCUGUCCGAUCACUACAAACCACUAGGAGGCGACACGGCUGCUCACGCCGCUGCCGUGUGUGACCUGAGGGGAGUGCAGGCGUACACAUCUGUAGACACGGAGGGGCUCCACAAUCUCGGGACGGCGGUGGUGGAUUACCGCGGCGUCCGUGUUGUUGCGCAGACGAUCAUUCCUGGGAUUCUGGAGAAAAACCAUGAACAGAUAGUCUAUGGCUCCAACGAUAAUGGGAAAACUGUCUUCACACACCCCAGGUUUCUGGAGCUUCUCAGUGAAACCAGUAAACCGCUGAGAAUCCAGCAUCACCAGGUGCUGGAUCACAACAACAGACCGGCGGAGCUGUGCUCAGGCAUCACCACGAUCGGCCUCUUCGGUAACGACAGGCGUCCUUACGUGUUAGACCUUUUGAGGACGUUCCCGCCAGAUCUGAACUUCCAGUUUUCUGAGGGCGAGGUGACAGGAGAGGAGCUGCCGGAUGUGUGUAAAAGCUUUGGUUAUCCGUGCCGUCAUCGUCAUCGACUGGCCAGCCUGAGGCCAGAACUGAUAGACGCUUUUGUCCAGCAUAGGUAUGAACUAUUUGUGAAGAUAGUGUCUGAGGAGCUGGAGAAACAGGAGAAAGCCACGGAGAGAAGUGCAGGAGAUGCUGAACAGCAGAGAAGAGCGGCUGUCCAGAAAGCUUGUACAGCAGUCGGGUCAGUGAGCGACUCCUGCUUCGACGUGCGUUUUAAUCCCAACGUUUGCUCUCCAGGUGUGACUUUCCCCUCCGAGUGCGUUGAAGAGCUUCACAGUCAGCGGCAGCUGUUGUGGAGCGCUGCAGCUUUCCUUCUCUCUGAGCAGAUUCCGGCUGCACUGAGGGAUUGUCUCGACCACACAGCAAAUCCGAUGGAUGGAGCGAGCCUGACUGCAGUUCUGCAUCAGCGAGGAGUAAACGUCCGAUAUUUAGGCUCAGUUUUAAUGAAACUGGACAUGAUGGAGGAGAAAGUGAGACUCAGACAUGUACAGAGAAUUUCCAUCAGUGAAGUGAUUGUCAGAAGUGCAAAACACAUCUUUAGGACAUAUCUACAGGACGUGAAACCUGCUGAUUUCUCGGUGGCCGUCAGCCACUUCCUCAACUGCUUGCUGACCUCCUCCUGCUCCAGUUUGUCCGACGGCAGCUCCAAUGAGCUGCCCUCUCAUCGCAGGAGCCGCCGCCGCCGCGGUCACAGCAGCCGAGUGAGCUUGACCGCGGACAGCGUGUGGGCCAGACUGACCUCCAGCAGGCUGUGGGGCCGGAUCAGGGCCGAGGCGGAAGACUAUUACAAAUACGCAGUUGAGAGUGAGAGCUUGGAGGAAGUCAUAGAGAAGCACAACCUCCAGAGAAUCUCCCUACUGAGAGAGUUUGCUAUUAAAACAGGCAUCCAGGUGCAGUUAAGAGAGUACGCGUUCGAGUCCCGGCAGAAGGCGGCGUUCGUAGAGGACGAUGUGAUCAACAUGUUUCCCGUGGUCAAACGCCUCAGACCUACGUCAAGCGAUGCCACUCAGCUCCUGCGGCGAGCUCGACUGGCUGCACAGGAGGGUCAUCUCAGGUACAGCCAUGACCUGAUCACCCAGGCUCUGACUCUUUUCAGCCGCACAUGUGGAGUCCUGCAUGAGGAUGUGUGCACGUGCCUGCGGCUUCUGGGUCGGCUCAGCUACGUCUUCCAAGAUGUCGAGGAUGCUGUGAGGCUGCAGGAAAAAGCUGUAAUGAUUUCUGAGAGAAUACAAGGAAUAGAUCAUCCCCAGACCAUAGAAGACUACACGUACCUGGCUCUAUAUUGCUUUGCUGGAGGCCAACAUUCAACAUCUUUACAGCUGUUGUAUCGAGCUCGGUACCUCACGCUGCUUGUUAGUGGAGAGAAUCAUCCACAUGUAGCACUGCUGGAUAAUAUGCUGGGGCUUGUACUUUAUGGACUAAUGAAGUAUGAGCUUUCCCUCAAGUUCCUCCAGAAUGCCUUAAAUUUAACUUCAAAGUUCCACGGACUUUCAUCCUUAAAACAUGCACACUGUCAUCGUCUUCUCACUGCUGUCUACGAGAGUAAAGGAGACCUUCUGUCAGCGCUGCAACAUGAGAAAGAAGCUUAUUCCAUUUAUCGGAGUCAGGUUGGUAUGAAUCACACCAAUACAAAGGAAUGUUCAGAACACCUCAAGAGCCUCAACCAGCAGGUGGCGCUUUGUCAAAAAGUGGACUGCAGUGAAGCACCAAGUGCCUGUAACCCACCUCCAGAGCUUCACACUCUGUCUGCUGUCCUUCAGCAGCUCAAUGUGUUGUGUGGAUUUGAUUUCCCCCCACUCAGCAAAUCCAAGGACAAAAAAGAAGAAAAUAAAAGUUCUUAAGAGGAAAACCCCACAAAGGAGCCUCAAAAACAACUUUCAACGUAGUUAAUGACUGAGAGGAGCUUCCACAUCAACAAACCUGAUCUGUUUAUUCUGGAAAAAUGUUUACGGAUAAGUAUGAGAAAUAGGGAUUAGUCAAUUCUUUAUUUGGUGGAAAUGCUCAUUAUGAUUAUUUCUUCCAUUGUUGUUUUUUGUUUCUAUUUUGUUUAAAUUUUAAAAAACACAAGUAAAACUUUAAUUUAAACUAACCAAUACUAUAUAUUUCUGUUUAAAAGCAGAAUGACAUCACUUUUCAAUUAAGGGAAUAAUCAUUUGCAAUUAAAUGUGUUCUGUCCUGUAAUUAAUUUAUUGUCCACAAGAUGUCACUCUUUUGCAAUUGAAGGAAUGGAGAAACCUGUGCCUGAAGGAGUCACUUGGAAGUUGUUAAACAGGCAGAAAUAAUUAACAAUUAAUAAUAAUGUCAUAUUCUUCAAGACAGUUGAUGAAAUGUUUUAAUCUGUGAAUGUGCUAUAUUACUACAAGGAGACAUCUAAAAGUAUUAUAGCUAUUGUCAUAGCAUGCUGAGAUUUGUUUUUGUUUAUCAUAUUAGCAUUUGAUGCUCUGAAAACUUUUGACAUUGACUAAAAUGAAAAUAAAGCUGUGUUAGGCUUGAAAUUAAAAAAAUAUAUAUUUUUUAA